AGAUACCACCCUGCUCUCAACAGACACCCCAGCCUACCCUCAUGGAGGAAGCUGGCCUCCCAAUUAAAAUGUGUCUGCUCUAAGAUGAGGCCAGGAUCUCUUCAGUGGAGCCCACACGACAAGGGCAAGGCCCCAUCAGGGUUCUCUGGCCGGCUUGCACUGCCUGUUCAUAAGGAUCCUAUUGAGAAGAACAGAAGCACAGCCAGACAGCAGAUUAAGGAGCCCAGUGCCUGUCAAGUCCACAUACUAAGAUGUCCUUGGAGAAAAUGAAAGAUCUCCACCUGGAGGAAAAAUACCUACAACCAGAAACCACAGAAAUUAAUGGAGUCCUCAUGACCAAGAUGAUAAGUGAUAACUGGGACAAAAUCUGGAAUUUCCAAGCAAAACCUGAUGAUCUCCUCAUUGCAACCUAUGCAAAGGCAGGUACAACCUGGACACAGGAGAUUGUGGACAUGAUCCAAAAUGACGGGGAUGUGCAGAAAUGCCAGAGGGCCAACACCUUUGACCGGCAUCCUUUCCUAGAGUGGUCAUUACCUCCACCUCUCAACUCAGGUCUGAACCUGGCCAAUAAAAUGCCUUCUCCUAGAACUCUGAAGACUCAUCUACCUGUUCAGAUGCUACCACCAUCCUUCUGGAAAGAGAAUUCAAAGAUUAUCUAUGUGGCUAGAAAUGCCAAGGAUUGCCUGGUAUCCUACUAUCAUUUCUCAAGAAUGAAUAAAAUGGUGCCUGACCCUGGUACAUGGGAGGAAUAUAUUGAAACAUUCAAAGCUGGAAAAGUAUUGUGGGGCUCCUGGUAUGACCACGUGAAGGGGUGGUGGGAUGUGAAGGACCAGCACCGCAUUCUCUACCUCUUCUAUGAGGACAUGAAGGAGGACCCAAAGAGGGAAAUUGAAAAGAUAUUGAAGUUCCUGGAGAAAGACAUAGCAGAGGAAGUUCUGAAUAAAAUCAUCUAUCAUACCUCAUUUGAUGUAAUGAAGCAAAACCCAAUGGCCAACUAUACCACCAUACCUACCAGCAUUAUGGACCACUCCAUCUCCCCUUUUAUGAGGAAAGGGAUGCCUGGUGACUGGAAGAACUAUUUUACUGUGGCCCAAAAUGAAGAAUUUGACAAGGACUACCAGAAGAAGAUGGCAGGGAGCACUGUGACCUUUCGCACAGAGAUCUGAGAGCAACCGAUUAUGAGAUACAAAGGAUAACAUGAAGAAUGAAAUCCAGUGAGCGGGGUCUGAUCCAGGCUGACUGAAGUUGAAAUGAUCCCAGGUCCAAAGAGAAAGGCCACUGCUGGACAUUGGAGCAAAUGCUUAAAAGCAGGAUAUUCAAGAACCUCAGCCAAAUUCUGUGACCAAAACAAGGCUGGAAAGCAGAAAGAGAUUUUAUAUUCCAGAUGAACAUCUUAGGAAAAAAAAGAAAACUGUAAUGCAGUCAAGGAAAAA